AUGGAGGAGGAGGUCAAGAAGGAGAGGGAUGCAGGAGUCAAGCAUGAGAGAUGCAAUGAGGCCACCGGGCAGGCAAGCAAGGAAGAGCAUGCAUCCAAUGCACAUGGCCAGAUUGCAGCGAGGGCGGUAAAGCAAGAGGUGCCUCCUUCGCGUACCGACCAGGUGGACAAACACCUGAUGAAACAUGUGAAGCAAGAGAUGAGAGGGGAGGCCAACAGGAUUGCGCAGGGCAGCAUCAAAGACGAAGUGCAGAAGCACAAACAGAAGGAAGUGAAGCACGAGGUCAAGUCAGAAGUACUUGUAAAGCAGCACCUGAAAAAAGAGGUCAAGGAGGAGGAUCCAGGAAAGGUGAAACAUGAGGUCAAAAAGGAAGUGAAGCUGGAGGUGAAGACGGAGGAGCAUUCGCACGGAGACAGCGCUACAGCAACACACUCGACUGGAGUGAAGCGAGAGAACCCCGGAGGUGCGGCCAUCCGUGUGAAGCAGGAAGACUCCGAAGGCCAGGGUCUGACGAAACGACGACGCAUGAGCCAGAAGGGGCCGGACUUGUCAGUUCCGUCCUUUGAGUCGCAGCUGCCAGUGUGGGCGGAGAAAUGCCUAGCAUUUCAGAUCUCUGGCAAAACGUGGCUCCCAACGAAGCCCUGCUGCCCGGCAAGCUUGUUUGUCGGUCUCGGAAGGGCUCCAUGGCAAGAGAGCGGUGAGGUGCACCCAACGCCGUGCGCGCAGCGUCUAGGCAAAGCUCAGCUCCGUGAGUUCCGAGCCUUCUUCCGCGAGCAGCCGCACCAUGCGCUCUUCAAGAGCAUUGCUGGUCCGCAAGAACAGGCCUCCAGGCCCAAACCUUUGAGCUCAAAGCCGCCUCUCGGAAGACCAGCUGGUGGCUCGAGAUGGGAGUGUUACAAGAUGUGGCCCUGGAUGCGUGACCUUCCCACAAGGCUGUGGAUGGGCAAUGGCUGGAUCAUGGAAGAGGACGGCAUGCGUAAGCUGGAGCCCUCCGAGCCCGGGGGCGCCAUGCCAGGCGUCCAGAUCUUCGAGUCCGUAGGCACCGCCGUGGACGAGUCCCAGCAGGACGGCUCUGAGGUGCACGCAGCUGAGCCAGGCCAGGCCACCACCAGCAAGUUCCGGGGCCUGGACCGCCAGAGUGGUGUUCGAGGCAUAUGCUGGAACAGGCAGAUGGCAUGUUGGAGGAUAUCAGUGCAACAAGCUGGCAAGCAAAAACAUAUCCAAUUCUUCAUCGCUCCGUUCCUGAAGAAAGGCCUCAGUGAGGACGAGGCCGUGGAGGCUGCGCUGCGCGAAGCCAAAGCCCACCGCGAGGAGCUGGUGCGGAAGGGCGUCCUCAAGCCACCGAAGGCCGUAAAACCACAGCACCCAAGCCAAGCCACGGUGAAGGGGCUGAAAUACAACAAGACCUCCAAAACAUGGCAAGUGCAGCUGACUGAUCCCAUCACCAAGAAGCUGGUCCAUGGCGGUCGGUUCGUCACCCAGGAGGAGGCCGAGUCCAAGGCCCGGGAGCUUGCCAAGGAGCUGGGCAUCAAGGAUAUCGAGCACAAGGUGGUCCCGGUGAAGCGUCUCUCGGAGCUGAAGCACUUCGA